AUCAGUGAAAGGAAUUGGAUGAAUUUUCUGUCGCAGACUCUAUUUGGGGAAGUUUUUUCUUCUAUCUGAUCUAGGUCUGUGCGCGGCAGGGGCUCCGUUGCCAUGGUGACGGAUAUUAAAACAAGCGGCGUUGAUCCGAGCGUCAUCAGUGUGCGUGGACCAAAUCCCCAAACUGAUAAACAGGACGAUAUUAAAGCUUCUGAUGUGUGAAGGGCCUUCAUCAAUAUCUGGGCCAAUCCCCCCGGAUCCCUCUCUGUUUCCUCAGUACUACAGACGACCUGCUUCAGCUCGUGGUCGUUUAGAGGGAAACAAGGACGAGACUUUGGCCCUGCUCUCACGGCCACAAGCUUCAGAUGCUGUGUUGCACACUGGCUGCUACAGCGCUCGUACCCCAGCACAUCCUCCACGCAUUGGUCCCAACGCACUCCAUAUUCUGGAGCGAGGACAGAGAGGGGUCGUUGGGGAACUACUCAAACUAGAUGGGGUCUCUAUCACACCAGCUCCCAGACAGAAACAGCGAGUACAUGACUUCGGUAAAGAGAAUGUGCGUCGGCUGCGGGAAAUCCAGAAACGCUGCAAAGAGCUGGAGGCUGAACGAGCACAGUCCCGACCUGUUCCAGUCAAAGCCCUUUGGACCUCCUCCAAAUACGAGAAUGUCCCAUCCAGAGUCAUGGCCCAGCUACAGGUCUCUGGCCCAACUGUUAAACCACAGUGUCAAAACUUCCUGAGGGGUCACUCCAGCAGUGCAUCUACUCCUAUACCAAGACCAGCCUCAAAACCCUCUCCUGUGGAUAUGCAACGCCGUGACUCUUGCACCUCUACACAGGAACAGGACUUGCAGUUACAGAUUAAAGGCCAGACAAUAGACUUCAUAAAAUAUAACGCACGAGCUGCAAGAAAGACUGCGCUGCAUCGGUCCCAGUCCCUUACAAACCUCCAAGAUAAGCCAGUGCCCAGUGCUGUCAAAGGACAAGUGCCACAGUAUCUUAAGGAAAGGAAGGAGCAGUGGCGUAAAGAGGAGGAGGAGAGGAAGAAGAAUGCACCUGAUCCCGCCACUCCAGCCGGUCACACCCUGAUGCCCGAGAGUGAAAGACUGGAAACACUGCAGACCCUCAAAGACACCCACCGCUCCCUGGUGACAGAGCUGCUGUCGCUCCCACUCAAAGCCGACAAUCUGAGUUUUCGCUCACGGCGGGCUCAUCUUGAUUGUAGGCUUUCAGAAAUCGAGGAGGCCAUUAAAAUAUUUUCCAGGGACAAAGUAUAUAUAAAAAUGAAUUCCUAACACACAAGAAAGAAGAUUAGGAGAUGGUCCCUUAACGCCAUCUGCUGAUGGGAUUUCUUUCAUUUUGUCAUUACAUUUUUUCACAUAACACUGAACCUUGUAACACAGCUUAUUACGCAAGAAUUGUGAGUAGAGCUGCGAUGAU